CGGGUCUAGUGGUCCUAAACAUUUCACAAUUGCGCCACAGAACUGUUGAACUGUUAAGAACCACUGGACCCAGCGCGCGAGUCCGCGACACCGUCGGUUUGCCGAGCUGCGGAGAGAGGAGCCCCGACGCCCUUGGGACCGCCCGCGGACCCCGGGGGACCCGCCCCUGCGCCCGGAUCCCCGCCGGCCGAGCGCCCCCGGCCUUGCUGCAGCCACCCGGCCCCGACGCCGCCCCGGACGCCUCAGACGCCGCCGCCAGGCGCAACAGGGGAUCCCGGCCGCCGAGUCCAGCCCCGCCGCGUCCUCGCCGGCCCCGAGGUCCCCUCGUCCCGCGGGCCCCGCGUGGCGCCUUUUUAUGCCGCGCGUCCGCCCUCCCCGGCGCCGGAAUGCGCCCGCGCCGCGCUGGCCCGACCGGUUUUUCCGGGCGGGGCGGCUUCGGGCCCGCAGGUCCAGCGACAGAUCCUCCACGGCCCGGGACCUGCUCCGCGCGACCGCGCGGGGGUGGCCCUGACUCAGCGGCCGCCCCGCCCCGCCCGGCGCCCUCGCCCCCAGCGUCCGGCCUGGGCGCACUUGGCUCCCGGGGUCGGGGUGCCCGCGGGGCAGCGCCCGCACCGUCUGGUCUGGGCCUGGGGCUCUCAGGCGCACGGAGGGCCCGGGACUCCACCUUAGCCACGUCGGGGCCCAGGGCGGCCCGGGCAGGUGAGAACCAGGCCCGACAGGAGCCCAGGGCUGGGCCUGCCCCUCUGGGUGUGGGGGCGGCUGGACACACCCACCGCGGCCCCUCUCACUUCAAAGGGAACUUCGUGGGAGGGGGAAGGGGAGGGGGAAAGAGAAAGUGAAACUGGAGGGAGGGAGGGAGGAGACCGUCCAGCAGGUUUCUGCUUCUCAGACCCUGAACCCCAACGCGGCAGUCCACGGGGUGGGGGGGAGCCCGGUACCUGCCUCCUCAUUUCCCACGCGGGGGGAGGGGCGCCCUGCCCCCUCACGCAUCAGGAGCCUGCACCUCACUUCCCCGACACACAGCCCAGCCCGAACGAACGCCCUGGCGCAGCUGGCCCUGCCGGCCCUGCCCACUUAGUCACCUGGAGGUGUCGGGGCCUGACCAGGGGCACCUCCCAGGGACUCUGCUUCAGCAGAACACAGCAGUUGAGGGGAGGGCUCCGGCUCUAGGAAGUACAGAGGAGGAGGGGGAGGUGACCCGCUUAAGCACUUGCCCCAAGUCUGGAGCCACUGCUGUGCCUGUGCCGUGCUGGGCAGCAGGGCGCUGAUCAUUCAUUCCAGUGCAGGGCGGUGACACACCAUCCCACCGCCGCCCAGCCAGGAGCCCAGCGGCCUCUGUGCUUAGGGGCCAAGGUCGACCCCAGACCCGAACACAGCCACCAGACCUGAGGGACCCCUAGACAUUUCCACACGUGCUGUGUGUGGCUUAACUAUGGCAGCCACCCUGGAAAGGGAAUCGGAAAGGUUUUGUUAUUUCCAUUUUGCAGUUGGGGAAACUGAGGCCCAGGGAGGGACAGUGACUUCUGGAGAUUCCACAGCUCUUGGUGGUAGAGAGGGGACAACAGGCCUUGGCAUCUCUGCAUCUGUGGGUCUCAGGGCCUGUGUGUGGCAUCCCAGCAGCUGCGGCACGGAGGUGAAGGUAGAAGUAGGGACA